UAACUCUUCGUCGGAACUCAUCGUUGUGAAACAAAAUUUUAACAAAAAUAUUACAACAGUUGCAACCGCUCAGAACAAAUGUCAUUACUACAAUUAUUACGCAGAAACGUAGAAACAAACUCGUUAAAAAAGUCUUGGAGCAAAGAUAAAAGACUCGACAGCGCGGAGCACAGUAGUAAUUACGGGACAAAAAAAAACUCCAAAUAAAUAUCGACGAAAAGAUGGACUAGCGUGCAAAAGUAAAAUGGCGAAUCAAAAUGCACGUUUUGCAACGGCAAGUAGUCGUAGCGUCCGCUCGCUUGCUCGCUCGCGCGAACGGACGGACGGACGGACGGACGGACGGACGGACGGGGGGGGGGGGAGUAAGCGAGCUCACACGCGCGAUACGGCGUGCAAUGCACGAUUUAGCAAGACAUCGCGGACAUUGCGAGCGUCUUUGGUCGCGCGGAAGGGCGAGAGGGAGUGAAGAGAGUUGGCGCACGCAUGAUUGCUGUAAGUUUGCCGCAUGUCGACGAACCGACCAACAACCAAAGGCCGUGGAAGACGGCGACGGCGGGGUUGAUAGAUGCGGCCCUGAUUCAACAGAGAUGGGGUAGCUACAGAUCAUCUUUAAAAUAUACUAUACCUGAAGAUUAUACAGAUUAUGAGAUUACAAAGGAUCCAAACGAAUGGAAAUAUGUAGAAUGUGCACUCGGAUACAAAGUUAUACCUAAACCAAUGAUUGAAGAUACCAAACACCCAUCUGGCUAUAAACCAGCAACUGCUGUGCCUACAGACUAUCCUUAUUUUGUAGAACGUACAAAAAAUUACAUGCAGCCUGUAUAUUUAAAUAGAAAUCCUAGAGGAACCAAAAAGAUUACAAAAAUUAGUAAAAUUCAAGGAGAUAUAUGGGCGUUAGAACGUGACAUGAAACAAUAUAUAGAAGAACAAACAGGAAAGAAAAUUGCUAGUCAAAUACACGAAUUUGCAGGUGUAAUUAAAUUUAAAGGUGACUGUGUUAAUCGUGUUAAAGAAUGGAUGGGCACAAAAGGUUUCUAAAAAUUAAGAAUAUUUUAUACAUAAGAUUUACAUCAUAAAUAUAUCAAUAAACACUGAAUCUUUGUCACAAA